AUACUUUAACUGGAGGAAAAUGUACAUAUAUUUUUUUCUCAAUGCAAAAAUGUUUUUCUGGAAAUGAAAAUCUCAUUGUAGUAGUAUCUAAAAAUUAAAGCAUAUCCUACACUUGGGAAACAAAGAGUGAAAAGAGGAGGAACUUGGUGUUAUCCAAAGUAUUUUUCUUUCCUCACAGUCAUGUCUGUUCCAACAAUGUCCCUGCAAAACUGCAUACCCUUUAAUUAAUUUCUUUCUUCUUUCAGUAUUUGCUGAAUGACUACCACGUGCUGGCCCUGCUGUUGUGUCUGGGAAUUCAAUGGUGGGGAAAAAAGGCCGAAAAAUCCCUGCUUUCAGGGAGCAUACAAAUUCUAUUAGGGGAAUCAGAUUAACUCAGAUAAGUAAAUAAAUACCAUGUUAAAUAGUUCAAAAGUGCUAAGAGAAAAACUAAUAGGGAAGAUUGAUACAAAGUGUUUAGUGUUUUUGAAAUUUUAUAUAAGGUGAUCAAGAAAGGUCUCACUGAGAAAGUGAUUUUUAAAUAAAGAUCUGAAAGAAGUAGGAGAGGUAGCCAUGUCCAGACGUGAGGGAAGUGUGCGCUGGGCAGCAAGUGCAAAGGUUUGAGGCAGAAGUGUAUUUUCUCUGUUCUAGGACUAUGACUCAGGAGCAGGGACAGGGAGGGGAAGUGAAGCAGAAGAUGAGAUGAGAAAGCACUAACGGGCUGUAUUCCAUAGAGCUUUGUAGAUCAUUGUAAAAGCUAGGCUCUUUCUGAGGUGAGAUGGGAGCCAUUAUAGAGUUGUGAGCAAGGGAGUGGGUGUGACCUACUGCAGGGAAAAUGGAUCACCGUGUGGCAGGAGCAGGCACACUGAUACCACUGUAGGGGCCAUUGCAGAAAUCCAGGCAAUGAGAUGAGGCUGUGUUGGACCAGAAGAUAAGAGUAGGGGUAGUGAAAAGGGAUUGAAUUCUGGGUAUAUUUCACAAAUAGAGCCAACAGGAUUUGCUAACAAACUGGAUGUAGGAUGUGAAAGAGAGAGAGGAAUCAAGAGUAACCCUGAAUAACUCAAAGAAUCGAAUUGAUAAUUGAGGUGAGGAAGACUGUAGGAUGAUCUGUUUUAGGAGAAACAUGAAUAGCCCAGUUUGGACAGGGUGAGUGGAGAUGACAGCAGGCAAAUGGUCAUUUGGGUCUAGAGUCAGAGGCGAGGUCAAGGCUGAAGAUAUAAAUUUAGAAGUUGUCAUGUAGAAAGAUUUAAGCCCAAGAGACUGAGUGAGAGCACAUACAGGGUGAGUACUGCUGGAAAAGAGAAGAGCCCGCAGAUGGAGCCCUAGGGCACUUUAAUGUUUAGAGGGUGGGGAGAGGAGGAGGAGUGAGCCAAAAAGGAACUGCUCAGAAGGGAGGAGGAAAAGUAAUCCAGGAUGGUGUUCUGAAAGCCUAAGAGAAGAGUUUUCAAGGAUGAGAGAGUAACUCAACAUUUUUAUGUUAUACAUAACAUUUCCCCCAUUUUUUCCCCAACCAGUGGUGAUCCCUCCUCUUCAGCUAGAAGAAUGACAAUGUUCAGGAAUUUAAAACUUAUUCUCUGGAAGAAUUUCAUUUUAAAGAAAAGAAAGACUCUGAUAACAGUCCUUGAAGUCUUGACGCCAUUGCUGUUUUCUACAAUUGUAACGUACCUUCGUUUUGACAGUUUGCCAAGAAAAAGACUUCCUGUUGACCACGACACAAUUGAUAUCACUUCACUGCCAGAAUUCUUCAAUCAGUUUCCUCUGAGAAAUAGAUUUCAACUAGUUUAUAUUCCUUCCAAAAGUGAAACUUUGAAGAAUAUCGCUGAAAUGGUGGAAAAAACCUUUGAUGUUGAGUUUGAAAUUUUAGGUUUCUCACCUCUGCUAUUCUUCGUGCCUUCGUCUGAAAAUUACAUAAUUCAGGAUCCCAAAGCUUUCUACGUAUUGACUGGAAUUGUUUUCAAUCACAGCUUCAGUGACAGCAAAGAGCCCUUGCCACUCGAGGUUAAGUAUUACUUGUGCUUCAGUUGCUUUCAGAGGAAUUAUUUAUUCUUGAGGCUAAUAUUCCAUCAAGAUGGCUUUCAAGGCUGGAGCACAUCCUUUUUUUAUCCUCCUAACCUGAGCCAAGAGCCCCGGGACUGUGGACAUUCCAAUGGGGGAUCCCCUGGAUACAACAAAGAAGGCUUCCUGGCCAUACAGCAUGCAACAGAUAAAGCCAUCAUGUGGCACCACGCUCUCAAUGCAACGACUAAGAUGUUUGAGAGCCUCAACGUGCUUGUGAAGAGAUUCCCACACGGAGCCUAUGUCCAGGACAGGUUCUUCCUGGUCCUGCAGGACGAGUUCCCUGUUCUCCUCAUGCUCAGCUUCAUCUGCAUUGAGCUCAUCACCAUCAACUCCAUUGUACUGGAGAAAGAGAAAACUGAAGUACACUUUCACGACUGUGAUCCUGGAGAGUACACAUGUAAGAUGGGACUGCACAACUGGCAGCACUGGGUUGCUUGGUUCAUCGUGUUCUUCAUUUGGGCCUUCAUUGUUGUUCCUUUCAUGAUCAUUCUCUUCUGCAUAGAGGUAAACUAUGCAGCAGUGUUCAGAAACAGUGACCCUACCCUGAUAUUUAUUUUUCUAAUGUGUUUUGCCCUUGCCACAAGUUUCUUUGCAUUUAUGAUCAGCAUAUUCUUCAAAAAAGCUCACAUUGCAACCGCCUCAGGAGGCAUCAUCUUCUUCCUCACCUACCUUCUGUACCUGUAUAUCACUUUCAGCUACAUCCACAGGAGCCACUUCCAAAAGAUUGCCCUUUGUCUCCUCUCAAGUGUUGCCAUGGCACUGGGAGUCCGACUAAUCUCCGCAUUGGAGACAAAAGGUGUGGGCAUCCAGUGGAGGAACAUGGGCAGUAUAAGAGGAGAGCUUAACUUCACUCAGGUGCUGCUGAUGCUUCUACUGGACUCCUUCUUGUAUGGCUUGGUGGCCUGGUAAAUGGAGUCCAUCUUCCCAGGAAAGUAUGGUGCAUCCAAGCCUUGGUGCUUCUUUCUCAUGCCCUCCCACUGGCGUGGACAAUCUAUAUCCCUUACGAAAUCAGUGCUAGACUUGGGGAAUCCUCAGAAAGCUCUGAAAGGCACGUUCAUUCAGGAAGAGCCUACCGAUUUGAUGAAAAGAAUUGAAAUCCAACAUCUAUACAAGGUGUUUUACAAGGGAAGGGAUGAACACAUAGCAGUCAAAGAUCUGACCAUGAAUCUGUACCGGAGGCAGAUCACUGUUCUCCUGGGACACAAUGGAUCAGGCAAAACCACCACUUGCGGCAUGCUCACAGGUCUUAUUCCCCCUUCAGGUGGACAGGCAUACAUCAAUGGAUGUGAAAUUUCGCAAAACGUGGUUCAAAUCCAGAAGAGCAUGGGCUGGUUCCCCCAACAUGACAUCUUGUUUGAUAACUUGACAGUAGCAAAGCAUCUUUAUUUCUACGCUCAGCUGAAAGGCUUGUCGCACCAGAAGUGCCCUGAAGAAGUCGAACGCAUGCUGCACGUCGUUGGUCUGGAGGACAAGCGGGACUCCCGGAGCAGGUUCCUGAGUGGGGGGAUGAGGCGCAAGCUCUCCAUCGGCAUCGCCUUCAUAGCGGGCUCCAAGGUGCUGAUGCUGGAUGAACCCACCUUGGGCGUGGACACCAUCUCUAGGAGGGCCAUCUGGGCCCUUCUUUAGCAGCACAAGACUGACUGCAACAUCCUGCUGACCACCCACUUCAUGGAUAAGGCCGAUCUGCUGGGGGACCACAUCGCCAUCAUGGCCAAGGGGGAGCUGCAGUGCUGCGGGUCAUUGCUGUUCCUCAAACAGAAAUACGGUGCAGGAUAUUAUAUGACUUUAGUGAAAAAAUCUGAUUGUAACACAGAGACAGUUUCUCAUCUGAUUUGUCAUCACAUACCAAAUGCAAUUUACCAGCCUAGCACUGGAGAAGAAAUAACAUUUAUACUUCCUCAAGAGAGCACGCACAGGUUUGAAUCUCUAUUUACAGACUUGGAACUGAGGCAGGAAGAGCUGGGCAUUGCCAACUUUGGGGUCUCUGUCACCAUUAUGGAAGAAAUCUUCAUUUGGCUUCUUUGCCAACAGUUCUAUGCCAUGCUCUUGAAAAGGGUUACAUAUUCCUGGUGCAACUGGAUGAUGAUGCUGUCGAUACAGAUCCUGGUGCCUCUGGUGAUCAUUAUGCUCAGCCUCUCACUCCUCAACUUCAAAACAAGUAUGGAAAAUGUCCCAUUGGAGCUGACCCUAAAAUCAUAUGUUCAAACUAUUGUUCCAUUGUUUAUUUCUCCAAAUUCCAGGCUGGGUCCUCAGCUUUCAUAACAUUUUACAGAUAUGCUUGUGGCUGAAGAACAGAUUCCUCUGAAGCUGCUAAGUUCAGUGGAGACGUUCCUCUUAAACAAGUCCGAGGAGGAACCCGAGGUCUUUGAUCAGAACUACAUAGUGGCAGCUUCCUUCGAAGACAUGGGAAACCACACCAUAGUGACAGCGCUGUUCAACAACCAGGCCUACCAUUCCUCUGCCCUGGCACUGGCCCUGGUGGACAACGUUCUCUCCAAGUUGCUUUCUGGUGCCAGGGCUUCAAUUACGGUAUUCAACCACCCUCAACCUCAGUCACGCUUGGAGACCUCGGAGAAUAUCUUCUAUGAGGGCCCUAAAGGACAUUAUCUUGUUAUCAGCUUGCUUUUUGGAAUAGCUUUCUUGUCUAGCUCUUUCUCCAUCUUGAUAGUCAAAGAGAGAUCCAUCAAGGCCAAGCACGUCCAGUUCAUCAGUGGAGUUUACGUGGCUACUUUCUGGCUCUCUGGUCUGCUCUGGGACCUCAUCUCCUUCCUCAUUGCCACUCUGCUGCUGCUGGUGGUGUUUCUGUACUACAAUGAAGAGGCUUUUAAACAUGAGGAAAACAUCCUGGCUGUUUUCUUGAUGCUAAUGCUCUAUGGCUGGGCUAUCAUCUCCUUCAUCUACUUGACCAGCUUCUGCUUUGACCAUUCGGGCAGCGCCUGUGUUAAGGUCAUCAUCACGCUCACCUUCUUGAGCAUCAGCCCCCUUGUCCUCAUCGCAGUCACAAGUGAAAAAGAACUGGACUACAUAACGGUCUCAGAUUCCUUGGAUCACACAUUCCUACUGCUUCCAGGCCACUGCCUGGGGAUGGCUUUCUCCAACUUAUAUUACAGCUUUGAACUACAGAAGUUUUGCAAUGCCAAGAGCCUGAACCAGACUGAGUGCAAUGAAGUUCCAGAACGAUAUGUGGUCCAAAAGAACAUCUAUGCAUGGGAGUCUCUGGGGAUAGGGAAGUAUCUGACAGCCCUUGGCAUCUCAGGACCUGAGUACCUCAUCCUGCUUUUCCUCAUUGAAACCAAUGUCUUGUCGAAACUGAAAGCCAGGUUUCCUGACUGGGCAGUGUCCAUGCCUGGGGAAGAGGAGGCGGAGAUGAUCAAAACUCAUUUGGAAAACUUGCAUAAGAAAAACCCACUGGUCCUUAAAGAAGUGUCUAAGGUCUAUGCCAACAAGGUGCCUUCAUUGGCUGUGGACAAGAUAUCCUUCACUGUUCAAGCAGAGGAAUGCUUUGGCCUUCUUGGCUUCAGUGGAGCUGGGAAAGCUUCCAUUUUCAAAAUGCUCACUGGGGAAGAGCCUAUCACCUCUGGGGACGCCUUUGUCAAGGGCCUCAGCAUCCGCUCUCACUUGGGGAAGGUGCGGCAGUGGAUUGGCUACUGUCCCCAGUUUGAUGCCCUGCUGGACCACAUGAUGGGCCGGGAGACGCUGGUCAUGUACACCCGGCUCUGGGGCAUCCCUGAGCGCCACAGCAGUGCCUGCGUGGACCAAAUUCUUGAUGACUUACUCAUGUACACAUAUGCUGUCAGCCUAGUGAGGACCUACAGUGGUGGCAACAAGUGGAAGCUGAGUGCUGGCAUCGCCCUGCUUGGAGAGCCUAUGUUCAUCUUCCUGGAUGAGCCGUCCACUGGCAUGGACCCCGUGGCCCGGCGCCUGCUCUGGGGCACUGUGGUGAGGGCCCGCAAAUCCGACAAGGCCAAUGUCAUCACCUCCCACAGCAUGGAGGACUGUGAGGCCUUGUGCACCCAGCUGGCCAUGAUGGUGUAGGGUCAGUUCAAGUGCCUAGGCAGCCCCCAGCACCUCAAGAGCAAGUUUGGCAGUGGCUAUGCCCUACGGGCCAAGAUCCAGAGCGAUGGGCAACAGGAGGCCCUAGAAGAGUUCAAGGCAUUCGUGGACCUGACCUUCCCAGGCAGCAUCCUGGAAGAUGAGCAGCAAGGGAUGGUCCAUUACCACCUGCCCAGCGAUGAUCUCAGCUGGGCGAAGGUGUUUGGGAUUAUGGAGCAAGCUAAGAAGUACAUGUUGGAAGACUACACGGUCAACCAGAUCUCUCUGGAAGACAUCUUCCUGAGCUUCACCUGCCCUGUGCCCUGCACCCAAGGGGAAAGCAAACAAGGGCAAGCAGAGUCAGCAAAAGAUCACGUCUGGGUCCUGGCUGCGCCCCGCCGCGCCGCAUCCUUCCGAGAGAUCCGAGGCCCAAGGCGCAGCCGGUCCGCUUAG